AUGCGUUUUAAUAUGGUAUGUUCACAACUACCUAAUCUACGAACUUGUCGACUACCGUUUGAUUUUUGUCCUACACAACGUUAUCAUUUACCAGAGUUCUCAGCGCCACCACUAAUGACUUUACCUAAUCUUUCUAGUACAGUUUAUCUUCAUACAUUAACCACUGGUGUAAACACAAUACGCUUUUUAGAGCGUUUAGUAACGUGCAUACCUUCGAUUCAAAAUCUUUCUGUUGGUGUACAAGAUUCAAUAGUUUUUGACAACGAUGAAUUUGAUUUAAUUCCAUUACCUGCUGCUGUUGAUGGUUUCCUUCUUCCUCGUCUAUCUCGUCUGAGCAUGAAUUGUAUGGAUAAAAGAAGUUUUCAUAGAGCAGUUGCUCUUUUAUCAUCUGUGUUUAUUCAACUUACUCAUCUAUCACUAAAAUUAUUUGCAUGUACAUCAAUCUCUGGUCCUUUGUUCAUAUCAGGAAAACUUUUCUGA